UUGACAGUGAGGCACAGCAGCAGCGAUGGCUCACAGCUUCACUCAGGAGUAUUUUCAGAUCCCUGUGGUGACCAGAACAUACACAACCGCCUGCGUCCUCACAACCGCUGCCGUGCAACUUGAGGUCAUCACCCCCUUUCAGCUUUACUUCAACCCCGACCUCAUCAUCAGAAGAUACCAGAUAUGGCGUCUGAUAACCAGCUUCCUCUUCUUUGGUUCUCUUGGAUUCAGUUUCGUGUUCAACAUCAUCUUCCUUUAUCGAUACUGUCGGAUGCUGGAGGAAGGCUGCUUCCGUGGAAGGACGGCAGAUUUUGUUUUCAUGUUCAUGUUUGGAGGAAUCGUGAUGACUCUGUUCGGUCUGUUCGCCAAUGUCUUCUUCCUGGGUCAGGCCUUCAUCAUCAUGCUGGUGUACGUGUGGAGUAGAAGACAUCCGCUCAUACGCAUGAACUUCUUCGGCCUCCUGAACUUUCAGGCGCCGUUUCUCCCCUGGGUGCUCAUGGGGUUUUCGCUGCUGCUCGGAAACUCCAUCGUGGUCGACCUCCUGGGUAUCAGCGUCGGCCACAUGUACUACUUCCUAGAAGACGUGUUUCCAAACCAGCCGGGAGGAAGGAAGCUGCUGAUGACACCAGAACUUCUGCGAACCAUGUUUGAUCGGCCGCAGGACCCAGACUACCAUCUCCUCCAGGAGCAGCAGCAGGACGAGGAGCCGCACAACUAACAGCAGCUAACAGCAGCUAACAGCCGCUAACAGCCGCUAACAGCCGCUAACAGCAGCUAACAGCACAGCCGACACCAAGACCCCCAGAAUCAGCAGGAAUCAUCAGGCAGAGACACAGUCACAAGAUGUGGAUUCACACACGGUCCUGAACCGUCGUAAAAGACAAUGAGACGCAGAAGGACUGAACUGAAAGCCCAGCAUCAUAAUCAAUUUUUCAUUUCAAUUACGAAAAUACAUUUCUGUUUUCUUAAAACUAUUUUUGGAAGCUAAUGGCACGUUCACACAGAAAGUGUUUGAAACUGUUGAACUGUGGAGAAGUUAUUUGUGUGGACGAGAAGACACCAGCACUGAAAACGCCAGAGAAGCAAAUCAAGACUGUGUCGCUGCGUCUGAGGCGUCAAAGUGUGACUUAAACCAGCGACAGGAUAUGAGGCCAAAAUGCAAAGGAUUAGGGGAAGAACUGAGCUCGUGUUCACAUGAUUUUAUAAGUGUUCUUCAGUAGUACAAAGAGAACAGAGAUGACUGUAUGUGUGACACAAUAAUCUCUAUUUAAAGGCAGCCUGUGGAGAUUUGGACCUUUAGUUUUUCUUUGUGAGUGAGUCCCAGUUUAGUUUGUGUCACACACACGCAGGGACGACAACACGGCAACGUGUCAGCGAAGGCGACUGUUGCAAAUAAACAUGGGUGUCAAAUGUUCAUGAUAUCACAGCUUUGUAAAGGUUUUGUGAGGAUUUAUUCAACACGUUUGUGAGACCUCGAUGCGUUUUGUUUGUUGACAAGAAAACUCCACAGGACACCUUUAACGUCCACUUACACGCUUCCUCUGAGCUCUCAGGGGUCACCUGAGGGUGAUGGAUGUAGGCGACAUACGUAACCCUGUUUCCUAAAAGUGUGAGAUUCCUGGGGUGCGUAGAAAGCUAGUAAGUGGACCUUUGAGUUAAGAUUAUUCAUGUACCAACAGAAAUCAUGUUAAAUACCAGAAGCAGGUUUAUAAAAGAAGCCAAAUGUGUGUUGUGUUGCUGUAUUUCUUAAUCCAACUGAUUCAUUUGACCUCCGUUUACAAAGCUUUUCCUUCUGUCAACAUAAACAACAUGAACAUAAGAACCGUGUAAAAGAAGUAAACACAGUCAGAGUGAACAUGACCAGAUAAGUGAAGCUGUCGUAUAUACUGUGACUGACCCAUCGCUCCCUUCCCUGCUGUUGCGUCACCACCGCUGGUUCAAACACAAACUGCCGACAGCCUGAAAUCCCAUCAGCCCCGUCUGCACACUCUGCACUUUCACCCGCUGCCUUUGUGGGUCAAACACUGGGGACAAAAUGGAAAUUGCUUAGCACAACAACACGCAAACACGUCUCUGUGGGACCCCGACAACAAAACACAUCAUCCCUUAUAACACAGCGCUGCGGGGGAAAUAUUAGUCACAGCUGAGGUCCGACUGAUGCGGGUGUGAAGGUCAACACCAAGAAACCAGGUCUUUGAUUUUAAAAUCAUCGACAGGAACAUUUGUAGUGACAUCAUUAUGGGACAAAAAAACGAACAAAUUCAUUAUUACUCAAUGUUUUUUUUUUUUUUCAAGCUUUAAAAAAAUGAUGCAGAGUGAUGUCUCAUCUUGAACACGAAACAUCUUUGUCCAGGAGUGAAUGUAGACACAGGCCGACAGCAGAGAUUCAUUUUCUGCGGUUCUGUCGACUCUGAGAAUUUAUGUUGUUUAGCUCCAGUUGAGGAAAUUUAAAUCCUUAAUUAAUUAUCACUUGCUGCAGUUGAAGACAUCGUUAAUCAUGUGAGCUUUAAUUAAAAACACACUCUUUCAAAUCACGACUGUGAAGUAAAAGAAUUCCUCGCUGAGCACAUCAGUGGGGACGGACGCAUGAUGAUGAUGUAAAACAACCAGACAGGAAAUCAAGCUUUAACUUUUUUUUUUUUAUUUUGUAAGAAUUAUUAAAAUGUA